AUGAAAGUCGGUGCAAAGUUUCGGACUUUUAAAGAGUUUGAGACAGCCGUAGAAUGUUACAGCAAUGAAAAGUGUGUGCAGUUUUACAAACGUGACUGCCGAUCCAUCGAGGCUGGAAAGCGCAAAGUAAAAAGAUACUUGAAUCCUGAGCUAGGCAACUAUCAGGUUGUCUAUUGCUGCAUUAAAGGAGGAAAGAAGUUCAAGAGCUGCAGCAAGGGCGAGAGGGAAACAAGCACUUUCCAUGAUGGGUGCGCGGCUCACAUCAAGUGCAGAGCAUCACAAGAUGGUGAAAGCCUUGAAGUUAUUUCAAUGUGCGAGGAACACAAUCACAAAGUCUCAAAGAGCUCCUGUUUACAUGCAGAAGACUCUAAUGGUGAAGCCGAGGUUGUGUGCGCUUCGAUCCUAAUGAAUGAAACGAAGACAGCCCUUGAAUGGAUGUUUGCCCAGUUCAAAGAAUUGAACCCUGCAUGGGAGAAAACGAAAUCUGUUAUGACAAAUAAAGAUAUGCUUGAGCGGGAUGUUAUCAAACAGAACUUCCCAAGCGCAAAUGUCAUCAUAUGCGUCUUUCACACGCUGCGGACAUUCCACCGUGAGGUCAACUAUACCAAGAUGGGGAUCACAGCCAGCGAAAGAGACUGCGCAUUAGAGCUCCUACAGAAAAUGGUAAUGUCAAGGUCAGAUGAACUCUUUGAAACAUUACAAGACGAAUUUGAUAACAUCGUGGCAGCACCAGUGAAGGAAUACUACAACAAGAACUGGAGAAAUAUUAAAUAUGAAUGGUGUACCGGGCCACACUUCAUGGACAGCAACUUUAACAACAUAACUAACAACAGACUAGAAUGCAUAAAUGGCAAGCUAAAAUCCCUGAUAAGAACCCACAGCACACUUGAGGAAUUCAUCGAGAGCUUCUUCAGUCUGAUAAAGGCUUUAAAUGAUGAACGAGACCAAAAAGCCAUGUCUUGUAUUUACAAACGACCCACUGAAGAAAUGUCCGACACAGAUGCCUUGGAGUACCAGAAGGUUCUUACACCAUAUGCAUUCAACAUUGUGAGAAAGCAAAUGAAGACUGUACCACAAAAAGUUGAAUAUGGAACAAAUGCGUGUACGUUCAAAUCUUCAAGUGGACUCAUAACCACAACAAAAGACAACUGUAGUUGCACAUUCGUGGCAGCCAUGGGACUCCCAUGCAAACAUAUGUUUCAAGUCAGGAGAAAGCAGCAACUCAGAUUAUUUGACCAAGCGUUGGUGAAGGAAAGAUGGCUGAGGAGCUAUUACACCACCCAUCAGCGCAUUUUUCUUGAGCAUAGUGGCCAAGAUGAAACUCCAGAAGUGACAGUGUCAUCCACACAACCGAAGCCAGCAUGA